AUGGAUACAGUAGUCUUCAGCAGCACUCAACAGCUCCACUACUCGCAGCGCCAGUCAUCCUACGACUCAUCCUCAUCAGCCUCCAACGGCAGCGGCACCACGUCGUCGGACAAUCAGCAGCAGCACCAGCUGGCGGCGGAGGUGCCGAAGAAGAGGACCGGGAGGAGGGUGUUCAGGGAGACGCGCCACCCGGUUUACCGAGGCGUGAGGAGCCGCAAAGGCGACAAGUGGGUCUGCGAGCUCCGCGAGCCAACCACCGGGACGCGCGUCUGGCUCGGAACUCACGCCACCGCCGAGAUGGCGGCCCGAGCUCAUGACGUGGCGGCACUGGCGUACCGCGGGAAGUCCGCCUGCCUCAACUUCGCCGACUCCGCCUGGCGCCUCCCCGUUCCCGCUUCCACCGAUCAGUUGGACGUCAGGAGGGCGGCAGCCGAGGCCGCCGCGAUGUUCCGGCCCGGCGCGGAGGCCGAGGCGGCGGAUGUGCAUGAACAUAUCGCUAUUGGCGGGGAUUAUGCUGACAAUGGUGAUAGUAACGAUAACAACGAUGUGGUUCGUGAAGAAGUGGAGGGUGAGGUGCCGAGGCUGCUGUGGGAGAUGGCGGAAGGCCCGCUGAUGUCUCCGCCGCGCUGCUACGGAGACGAGAGCGGCGGGUGGAGCGGGUACAUGGUGGAGGAGAGCGGCAGUUACAUGAACAACUUUGCUGAUGAAGAAUACGACUGGUCGUUGUGGAGUAAUUAG